AUGGCGUCUGUCGAGGCGCAGAAGACUGAGUUGAAGGAGGAGGGUGUCAUUCAGGCAGCCACCGAAUUACAGCAGGACCCCAAGUCGAAAGUCAACCCCGACACGGUUGAAGAGACUCUGGUUAAAGAUUCACAGGCAGCGGGCGUUCCAGCGUAUCAAUUCGAUCCCAAUGCCUCGCCCGAGGAAAAGGCUGCGGCCGCCGAUGCGCGUGUACCGCCGGGUUUUCACCAUGAUAAGAAACCUCAGGGUAUCUCAGUGAUCACAGAUAAGGAUGACGGCAAAGCGGAUUAUGAUCUUCCUCCGCCUCGCUCGGCUACCGCUUUGAUUGCUGAAGAAGCCAAUAUUCCCGAUGCCAAGAAAGAGGAAAUGGACGAGGACAUGAGGUGGGCGCGCGAUCGUACCGGUUGGGCGCCAAAAUUCCACCAGGAAAAGACCGAGGAAGAAGAAGCGGAAGGCACAUUAAUUGACCACCAAACAUUCCUAGAGGGCCGAUUGUCCGACAAAUUCUUCGGCGACUGGUAUCACAAUGCUGGUGUGAUUGUGUUCGCAUGUCUGAUCUCCUGGAUCAUCGCCAAUUUAGGUGGUGGUAUAGGCUGGGUUUUGCUAGUCAUGGCGGCAUGCAGUACUUACUACCGCACGUCAAUUCGUCGAGUCCGCCGUAAUUUCCGUGACGAUAUUCAUCGGGAAAUGGCCAAGGCGCGUUUGGAGACUGAUACCGAAAGUCUGGAGUGGAUUAACAGCUUCCUGGUCAAGUUCUGGCCCAUUUACGCUCCUGUGCUUUGCGAUACCAUCAUCAACUCUGUCGACCAGGUUUUGAGUACAUCUACCCCUGCUUUCCUGGAUAGUUUGCGCCUGAAGACUUUUGUCCUUGGUACCAAGCCCCCUCGUCUCGAACAUGUCAAGACCUACCCGAAGACCGAGCCCGAUACCGUUAUUAUGGACUGGAAAUUCAGCUUCACUCCGAACGAUACUAUGGAUUUGACCGCACGCCAGGUGAAGGACAAGGUCAACCCCAAGGUAGUUCUGGAGGUGCGCAUUGGUAAGGGUGUCGUUAGCAAGGGUCUGGAUGUUAUUGUCGAAGACAUGGCUUGCUCUGGCUUAAUGCGCGUCAAGGUCAAACUGCAAAUUGAAUUCCCCCAUAUCGAACGUGUUGAUGUUUGCUUCUUGGGCAAGCCCGAACUCGACUAUGUCUGUAAGCCUCUCGGAGGUGAUCACCUUGGUUUCGAUAUCAACUUCAUCCCUGGUCUCGAAAACUUCAUCAAGGAACAGAUCCACGCCAACCUGCAGCCCAUGAUGUACGACCCCAACGUCUUCCCAAUUGAAAUUGCCAAGAUGCUGGCUGGAAACCCUGUCGACCAGGCUAUUGGUGUUGUUGCUGUGACCCUUCACGGUGCCAACCAGCUGAAGAAUCCCGACAAGUUUGCUGGUACCCCCGAUCCUUACGCAGUUGUGUCUUUGAAUGGUCGUACAGAAUUGGGUCGUACCAAGGUUGUCCAGGAUACUGAUAGCCCUCGCUGGAACGAAACCAUUUAUGUUAUUCUUACUUCUUAUACCGAUGCGUUGACCAUCAAGACCUUUGAUUGGAACGAAUUUCGCAAGGACAAGGAGCUUGGAGUAUCUUCAUUUGGCAUGGAUAAGUUAGAAGCUGAACCUACCCAUGAGGGUAUCUACUUGGAAGUGUUGGCUAGCGGUCGUCACCGUGGUGCUAUUCAGGCCGAUAUUCGAUUCUUCCCCGUCAUUGAAGGUAGAAAGAUGGAGAGUGGCGAGACCGAGCCUCCACCGGAGCUUAAUACUGGUAUUGCGCAGUUCACUGUUGAACAGGCCAAGGAUCUCGAUGGAUCCAAGAGUUUGGUUGGCAAGUUGAACCCUUACGGUGUUUUGUUGCUGAACGGCAAAGAAAUUCAUAUCACCAAGAAAUUGAAGCGUACCAACAACCCUAUCUUCCAAGAUGCUGCCAAGGAGUUCUUGGUUACCGAUCGCAAGAACGCCAAGCUGGGUCUUAUCAUCAAGGAUGACCGUGAUUUGAUGGCUGACCCAAUCAUUGGUCGCUACCAGAUUAAGUUGAAUGAUAUGAUCAAGAUGCAGGAGCAGGGUAAACAAUGGUUCCACCUUCACGGUGUCAAGGCCGGACGCGCCAAGAUGCUGCUACAAUGGAAGCCUGUUGCGCUGGGCAGUAUCGCUGGUGGCGCUGGUUAUAUCGAUCCUAUUGGUGUCAUGCGUUUCCACUUCAAGGGUGCUACUGAUCUGCGCAACCUCGAGGCCAUGGGCAAGUCUGACCCAUACGCCCGUGUGUUGCUAUCUGGCUUGACCAAGGGUCGCACUGUGACUUUCCGCAACAACCUUAACCCUGAGUGGGAUGAGGUUGUGUACGUUCCUAUUCGAAGUGCUCGUGAGAAACUGAGCGUGGAGGUCAUGGAUGAGGAAACUAUCAACAAGGACCGCACUCUUGGCUGGGUUGAGCUCAAUGCAUCUGAUUUCGUUCGCGAGACGGAGACUGGGGAGUACGAGAUCGAUGAUGAGAAGCAAUUGAUCACCAGCUCUCUUCACAUUGGUAAGGGAGCUCCUAAGGGUCAUAUCAACUACACCGUUUCCUUCUUCCCCACUGUUCCUGUUGUGAACCCCGAGGAUGAGGCGGAUGAAGAGGAGGAAAGUGAGGAAGGAAAGGAUGAAGUUCCUGCGACUCCUCUCAAGAGCUCUCACUCGAAGAGCGCUAGCGUGGACUCGAAGGCCUCUAAGGUUUCUAAGCCCUUGACAAACGGAGCCGCGCCCAAUGGCACCACCAAUGGCGAGGCAGCUGCUAGCCGUGCCAGUCUCGAAACGACUACUUCUCGUCCACUCACUGGCCGUGACUCCGAGACCGCAUCCGUUCGCUCCAUCAAGGAUCUUAUUCCCCGUACUUACGUUGGUGUUGAUGAUCUCAGCAAAUAUGAGUCUGGAUUCAUUGUAUUCAAGUUCCAUGAAGGUCAACUGGCGCACAGCAAUGUGCAGCUGGAGGUCUUGAUUGAUGACUACAUGUUCCCUGCCUAUGUUUCUCCUAAGAUUCAUUCUCAAACUGUCAAGUCUUCUGAUAUUGGCGAAGCUUUCGUUCGUGAACUGGAAUUCUCCAAGCUCACUUUGCGCUUAGUCAACAAGGAUGAUCCCAAGGACUCCAGCGAGGAGCACAUCGUUGCCAAGCUGACUGGUGAUACCCUGCCAACUUUGCAGCGCAUUCUGUACACUCCUACCGAACUUAUUCUUCGUUCCAACUCUGGUGAAGUCAGCAAGAUCACUGUUAGCGCUCGCUACAUUCCUACCCAGAUGAAGCUCGACCCCAGGGAGAGUAUCAACAACAUGGGUACCCUCCGUGUUGAUAUUUUGGAUGCUGCCGAUCUACCUUCUGCCGACCGCAACGGUUUCUCUGACCCUUACUGUAAAUUCCGCAUGGGUGAUGAUCACAAGGACAUCUACAAGACCAAGGUGCAAAAGAAGACGCUUCAUCCCGCCUGGAACGAAUUCUUCGAGACUCCCAUCAAAUCUCGUAUUGGCGCCAACUUGCACGUCGAUGUGUAUGACUGGGACUUUGGUGACUCCGCCGACUGGCUGGGUGCCGCCCCAAUUGAUCUCGAGUCUUUGGAGCCCUUCCAGGCUCAAGAGGUCACUCUGCCUCUGAACGGCAAGUCUGGCGUGAUCCGAUUGAAACUGCUCUUCAAGCCUAGCUACGUCGUCCGAUCUCGACAAGGAUCCGCCACCUUCGCUGGUACUUUCGCAGUUCCCGGAAAGAUCGUCGGUGCUCCUGUCAAGGGUGUUGGAUUCGUGGGUGGCAACGUUGUGCGUGGUGCCUCAUUCCUGAAACACGGUCUCAUGUCGCACAUUCACAAGCCUAAAGGCAGCGAUGCCGAUGCCGCAUCCUUAGCCGAAAGCACUAAUGAUGAGGGAUCGCCCGCCGCUUCACGAGGCGCUGGUGGUGGCUUGACUCCCGCAGCGCCUUUGGUGGAUAGCCCCUCCGGAUCCGCCACACCUACCAAGGAGCACAGCCGCACACGUAGCACUGCUUCUCAAUACGGGGACCGUCUCAGCGUCCUCGGCGGUGGUCGUGGUGAUGCGGGUACUGCACUCAUCACCAUUGUUUCUGUGUCUAACUUCUCUCCCACUGCUAAUCUGCGGGUCGUCGUCUCCAAAGUUCUACCUGGUAAGAGUCCCAAGGAAGUCCACAAGACUAAGGGUCAAAAGGGAAGUGGAGAGGUCCAAUUCAACGAUACAUUCAAGGUCUCCAAUGCUACUGCUGAUGCUCAGUACCAGGUUCGUGUGGUAAACCACUCAACUUUUGGCUCGGACGAUGUUCUCGGUGAAGCUCUUUACUUCGUUGAUGAUCAGGGCUCUGCGGGUCAAGACAAGGCAAUCACUGUCGGUUCGGGAACUGUCACCAUUCGCUCGAGCUUCACUCCUUCAGACUCGAACUUGCGUCCUACUACCUCACACUCUACAGCUGGUGGAGGUGGAGGUGGUGACGAGAGUCCCGAUAGCCCUGACUCCCGCAAGCCACGCCGCAGCUUCCUCAGCAAGCGGAAUGUAAGCGGUGCUUAA